AUGAGAUUCCCACUCUCUACCAUUAUCACGUUUGUAUCUCUGGGCUUAUUGGCUCUUGCACACCCCGGUGACGACCACGAUGGUUCCGACAUGCUUACCCCCUCGGAACUGGCUGCUCGGGAGCUCGCUGCUGACCACCGCGCUGAGCUUGUCCGUAACUGUGCCCCACAGAUCGCAGCCUUCGAGGCUGAGCGCCGUGCCAAGCGCAACACAAUGAUGAAGCGUGCUACGGGUACGGAUACCGCUGUCGCUCCAAAAUACUCUACUAUCCAAAACACCACAUGUGUUACUGCCCCUGAGGUCACGGAGGGGCCAUACUAUAUCAAUAAUGAGUAUUACCGCACCGAUCUUCGUGAGACACAAUCAGGAGUCAAGCUCGUGCUAGACAUUGGUGUGAUGGACACUCGCACUUGUACCCCACUCCCGGCGGCCUUGGUUGAGCUUUGGGCUUGUAACGCAACUGGCGCUUAUGGUGGCUUUACCACAUCCAGCCGCCUUUCGGACAAAUUUACUUGGCUCCGCGGAGGUAGCGAAACCAAUGCUAAUGGGGUUGUUGAGUUGACUACAAUUUAUCCUGGAUUCUAUACUGGUCGUACUAUUCAUAUUCACACCAUGAUUCACACCGGCUGGACAAAGUCCACGAACGGAACUAUUGUCUCGAAGUCUGGAUCUCUACGUCAUAUCGGCCAGCUUUUCUUCCAGGAGUCGCUCAAUGAUCGAGUUCUCGCCCUUUCUCCGUACACUUCGACCAAUCAACGCCGAACCCUAAAUACUCAAGACGGGAUUUACGCACAGCAGAACUCUCGGGGCUUCAAUGGCGUGGUUGCAACUGAAUUAUUGGGAAGCACGAUUUCUGCUGGUAUACUGUAA